UGUAUCAGAAAUGGCGUUCCCCUCAAUCCACCCACAGUUCAACGCAAAGCCUGAAAGAUUGAAAUCAAUAGGUAACGACAUCGAUAGAGUUGUUAACUGAAUGCCAUAAACUUAUAUGCCUUUGUCCUUUCAGCAGCGUUGGAGCUGAAGAGAAUUAUUGUUGAGCAAUAUGUCCUUCCCCAAAUUCUCUGCAACGCAUUUCAUCCUUCUCACUCUGCUUCCAUUUCUGAGUUUCACAAGCGAAGCAUCUCCUAUCUUCAGCAGCAAAGCCUGUACGGACUCACUCACAUACAAACCCAAUAGCCCAUUUGAAGCUAAUUUGAAUGUCCUCCUCUCUGUUCUUACCUCCAACGCCUCCCUCCACGACGGUUUCUACCGUACCACGUUGGAUCAGGGAACUCCCGCCGUCAUCAACGGCCUCUUCCUCUGCCGCGGGGAUGCCACCCCCACACUGUGUCAAGAGUGCGUCUCCGACGCCGCCAAAGAGAUAAGGCGCCAGUGUCCAAACCAAACGGAGUCUAUCGUCUGGUACGAUGUUUGUAUGCUUCGUUACUCGAACAACACCUUCAACAACAUCGUCCCUUCCACGGACUUAUCGAGUAACGGUACUAUAGCUAGCGCCGAACAGGAUCAGUUCAAUAAAUUGUUGUCGGAUUUGUUGCAAAAAUUGGCGGCAGAAGCUCAGGGUUCCCAGACGGGGAAAAAAUUUGCCACGGGACAAGUGAACCCAACAUCGUCACAAACGUUGUACGGCCUUUUACAGUGUUACCCAGACCUGACAUCUUUUGAUUGCAACAUGUGUCUCCAAAGCGCCAUUGGAGCUCUGCCAAAUUGCUGUGGCAACAAGAAGGGGGCAACGGUUCUUCUUCCGGCAUGUAACAUUAGAUAUGAACUUUACCCAUUUUACAGCAUAACUACAUCUUCUGCAGGGCCAGGUCCUCCUCGAUCAGGAAAAAGCAAAAUCGCAAUAAUUGUUGCGAUUAUUGUGCCGAUUGUUGUUUCUGUGACACUCUUUGUUGCGGCUUGCUGUUUCCUGCGUAAGAGGGCUAGCAAGGGCAAGAAGUUUAAUACUUUCGCAGAGGAUGACAUGGGGAAUGAUCUUACAGACACAGAGUCUCUGCAAUUUGAAUUGGCGACAAUAGAAGCUGCCACAAAAAGGUUCUCAGACGAGAACAAGAUUGGCCAAGGUGGAUUUGGUGCAGUUUAUAAGGGUAUCCUCCCAAGCGGACAGGAGAUUGCUGUGAAGAGGUUAUCAGUAACCUCCUUGCAGGGUGCUUUGGAAUUUAAGAAUGAAGUUGCUCUUGUAGCCAAGCUUCAACAUAGGAAUUUAGUGAGGCUGUUGGGUUUUUGCUUGGAGGGGCAAGAGAAGAUACUUGUUUAUGAAUACAUCCCAAACAAAAGCCUUGAUCACUUUCUAUUUGACUCUGAAAAGAAAACAAUGCUUGAUUGGUCAAGGCGUUACAAGAUCAUAAUGGGAAUUGCUCGAGGAAUUCUUUAUCUUCAUGAAGAUUCUCAGCUUAGAAUAAUACAUCGUGAUCUCAAAGCGAGUAAUGUUUUAUUAGACACCAAUAUGAAUCCAAAAAUUUCAGAUUUUGGUAUGGCAAAAAUCUUUCACGGAGAUCAAACUCAAGUGAACACAGGAAGAAUAGUUGGAACCUUUGGUUAUAUGUCUCCAGAAUAUGCAAUGCGUGGGCAAUUUUCUGUUAAAUCAGAUGUGUUCAGCUUUGGUAUAUUAGUUUUGGAGAUUGUUACUGGUAAGAAGAACACUGAUUUUAAUCAAUCACGUCAAGCAGAUGACCUCUUAAGCUACGCCUGGGAUAACUGGACACAAAGAACACCUUUGGAGUUAUUGGAUCCAACACUGAGAGGUUCUUAUUCAAGAAAUGAAGUCAUAAGAUGCAUUCAUAUUGCUUUAUUAUGUGUUCAGGAGAAUCCUUCUGAUAGACCUUCAAUGGCAACUAUAGCACUGAUGCUCAACAGUUAUUCUGUUACUUUGUCAAUACCUCGACAGCCAGCAGCUUUCAUGCGCAGAACACCAAACAGGCAAAAGCAAAACAAUGUUGUUGAUUCUGACCAAUCUACCUGUUCAAUCCUAUGGUCUACAAAUGAAGCAUCCAUUACUGAAGUUUACCCCCGAUAACAGCUUCAUAACAAAUAAUGGAAGAUGUACCAGGACCUUUUGGCACGCAAUCUCAAUUACUUUCUUCUUCAAGGAUGAGGCCAACUGGCUAAUUCUGCUGGAGAUCACUUCAAGUUCAAGAUAUCAUUCUGAUGCAGCAGAGUCUGGAAGCUAAGCCAAGUGCUGCACGCAAUGUAAUUUACUCAAACGGCUUUCUCUCGAAGAGUUCAUAACCUCCGAGUUAUAUGUGCAUGAUUUGAAAUUUAGAGUUCUGAGAGCUUUUAGAA